AAGCGCUAUUUCCUGGAACGACCUUCUCGUGUAAAAAGGCAGGGUUACGAGUCAGAGUUCGUAAGAGAAUAGGAAACCAAUGAUUCCCAUAUGUCCAGUAGUUUCCUUCACCUAUGUGCCCAGCCGGCUAGGUGAAGAUGUCAAAAUGGCCACCGGCAACUACUUUGGAUUUACCCAUGGUGCUGCUGCGGCCCAGUACAGUCAGCAGCCGGCCGCUGGGGUAGCAUACACCCACCCCUCUACAGUGGCCAGCUAUACUGUGCAUCAGGCACCUGUGGCGGCACACACGGUGGCUGCAGCCUACGCCCCUACAGCCGCCACGGUUGCUGUUGCUAGGCCUGCGCCAGUCGCCGUAGCAGCAGCAGCUACUGCUGGCGCUUAUGGAGGAUACCAGCCAGCUCACGCUGCCACGGAUUACGGGUAUGCACAGAGACAGCCGGAGGUACCCCCACCACCACCUCCUGUUACCUCACAAAACUACCAGGACUCCUAUUCAUAUGUGCGGUCCACAGCUCCAGCUGUAGCGUAUGACAGUAAACAAUACUACCAGCAACCUGUGGCAACACCUGCUGUGGCCGCUGCAGCAGCCCAGCCACAACCCACGGUGGCCGAAUCCUACUAUCAGACAGCACCUAAAACUGGAUACAGCCAAGGUGCCACUCCGUACACCCAGACCCAACAAACGCGUCAGGUUACAGCCAUAAAGCCAGCCACCCCCAGACCUGCCACCUCAACCUUCUCCAUUUACCCAGUGUCCUCUGCUGUACAGCCGGUCGCUGCUGCGGCGGCUGCCUCUGUAGUCCCGUCAUACUCUCAGAGUCCCACCUACAGCACCAAUGCAGUCACAUACUCUGGAACGUCAUACUCUGGCUAUGAAGCUGCAGUGUAUUCGGCUGCCUCCUCCUACUAUCAGCAGCAACAACAACAGCAGCAGAAACAGGCGGCCGUUGCCGCAGCAGCCACUGCCGCAUGGACUGGCAGCACUUUUACCAAGAAAACUCCCUUGCAGAACAAAACACUCAAACCUAAACUACCCCCUAAACCACCACAGAUACACUACUGUGAUGUCUGCAAGAUCAGCUGUGCUGGACCCCAGACCUAUAAGGAGCAUCUGGAGGGUCAAAAGCACAAAAAGAAGGAAGCCGCACUGAAACUGUCACAGAGCAGCAGUAGCAGCAGUGGAGGUGGGAGCUCCACCCGCGGCACACAGAAUCAGCUACGCUGUGAGCUCUGUGACGUCUCCUGUACUGGAGCCGAUGCCUAUGCCGCACACAUCAGAGGAGCCAAACACCAGAAGGUUGUGAAAUUGCAUACCAAACUAGGAAAGCCGAUACCAUCCACAGAGCCCAGUGUCGUUUCCCAGUCCUCCACCUCCAGUACAGCUGCUCCCAAUAAAACUGCCAGCUCCAGCAUCAACAGCUUAAAAUCUGGCAGCAUGGUCAACAACAUGGCAGCUUCAGCUUUACAGGGCAAGAUCCCAGUGCCCAACAGCACCUCUGUCAAGAAGGUCAACACACCCAAGAUCAACUUUGUUGGUGGAAACAAGUUACAAACCACUGCUGUUAAAAAUGAUGACGCCAAGAUGGAGGCUGCUAAAGCGGCACAGUCCACUAUCUCUGCACCACCAGCGGACCCAAAGAAUGAAUUGUCUGAACCUCUGUCACCUCAGUCAGCACUUGCAGCCCUGCAGAGUGAUGUUCAGCCCGUCGGACACGACUAUGUUGAAGAGGUAAGGAAUGAUGAAGGAAAGGUUAUCCGAUUCCACUGCAAACUGUGUGAAUGCAGUUUCAAUGACCCGAAUGCCAAAGAAAUGCAUUUGAAAGGAAGGAGACAUCGACUGCAGUAUAAGAAAAAGGUGAACCCAGAUCUCCAGGUUGAAGUGAAGCCUAGCAUCCGAGCCAGGAAGAUCCAAGAGGAAAAGAUGAGGAAGCAGAUGCAAAAGGAAGAGUAUUGGAGAAGACGUGAAGAAGAGGAGCGCUGGAGGAUGGAGAUGAGGCGCUAUGAAGAGGACAUGUAUUGGCGACGUAUGGAGGAAGAGCAGCACCACUGGGAUGAAAGGCACAGAAUGCCUGAUGGAGGUUAUCCACAGGGUCCACCUGGACCUCCUGGUCUGCUUGGAGUGAGGCCUGGGAUGCCCAUUCCUCAACCACAAGGACCAGUGCCUCCACGUCGCCCUGAUUCCUCAGAUGAUCGUUAUGUGAUGACCAAACAUGCAGCUAUUUACCCUUCUGAGGAUGAGCUCCAGGCCAUCCAGAAGAUUGUAUCAAUCACUGAGCGAGCACUUAAGCUCGUCUCUGACAUCCUCACAGACCAAGAUGCAAGUGCGAAGGGCAAAGAAGAGGACAAAGAAAAGAAAGAGCCUCCCAAAGACAGAGUGCUGAAAGGAGUGAUGCGUGUAGGCGUUCUUGCCAAAGGGCUGCUUCUGCGAGGAGACCAAAAUGUCAACCUGGUCCUCCUUUGUUCUGAGAAACCAACCAAGAAUCUGCUAACGAGCAUUGUGGAACAUCUUCCCAAACAGCUUACGAUGGUAACUACGGAGAAAUAUGAGGUAAAAGGCUCCAUCCAAGAGGCUGCCAUUAUCCUUACCUCCUCCGCUGAGCCCAAGAUGCAGGUGACCAUCACCCUCACCUCGCCUGUCAUCCGAGAGGAAAACACCCAGGAUGGAGAUGUAACCUCGAGUAUGGUGAAAGACCCAGCGGACGUCUUGGACAGGCAAAUAUGCCUUGACGCUCUGGCUGCCCUACGCCACGCUAAGUGGUUCCAGGCUAGGGCUAAUGGACUCCAGUCAUGUGUGAUUGUCAUUCGAAUACUGCGUGACCUUUGUCAGCGAGUACCAACCUGGUCUGCCUUUCCUAGCUGGGCUAUGGAGCUUCUGGUGGAGAAGGCCAUCAGCAGUGCCUCUGGACCAAUGAGCCCAGGAGAUGCUCUGCGAAGAGUCUUUGAAUGUAUUUCCUCAGGCAUUCUGCUGUCUGGUGCUCCAGGAUUGAUAGACCCCUGUGAGAAGAAUCCAACAGAUACACUGGCUACCAUGGAAGAGCAGCAGAGAGAGGACAUUAUGUCAAGUGCUCAGUUUGCCUUGAGGCUGCUGGCGUUCCGUCAGAUUCACAAGAUUCUGGGUAUGGAUCCCUUGCCCCAGAUGAACUCGCGCUUCAACGUACGGAAUAACCGCAAGAGGCGUCGCGACAACAGUGACGGGACCGAUGGAUUCGAAGCCGAAGGGAAGAAGGACAAGAAGGACUAUGAGGGGUUCUGAAGUGCACCACAGUACAAAUAGCCCUGCUCUCCCUGCACCCAUUUCAAAUCCUGUUCAUUCCAGGAAUACAAAAUGUUGUUUCUGUUGACCUCUGUGCAUGCUGAUUACUACUCAUUAAUGUUUCUAUGAUCUGGUAAAGACCUAUUGAUAGCCACUUGGGGAAAUGCCAGGCUUCAUUUCCUUGAUGCAUAGACUGUGGUCCAUCUCAUUUAUUUAGUCUGGUGUCUCGGCAUAAAGGUUUGAGAUGCGCACAAACCAAGAGAAGUCAAGCCUAAAGUUCAUGCUCCAUUCAGCACAUUGGAUGUAAUCAUUCACCAUCUUCAGAUUUCUUACGAGUUUCAGACUAGGCAUUUGUAGAAGUCUGGGCUGCGUACUUUUGUCAGUAUGGAACAGAUUCUUUCUUUAAAGUCUAUCUUACCCUUCCAGUCACACAUGUAAAGUAACUUUGGCAAUGGCUUCCUUGGUUUUGCAAUAAAUUGUUUAGGUGUUUUUGCAACUUCUUUUGUUUAUAGAGACAUUCCUCUUAAAACCGCAAGAUUGAAGAUAAAAUGAUUAAUGCGAUGCGUUAGUCCUGUAGUGAUGAAUGUGACAUUGACUGGAUGUGGAUUUAUACAAGCAUGUAUUUUCCAUUGCUAGUGCAUUCUGAAGGCUGGGUUGGCUUUUAACCAUUUGUACAUUUGUCAAUGUCUUUGAAACAUCUUCAGAUCCUUGUUCCUUCUAUAUGCUUAAUGCAAGUGAUGUAAGGCUGCACUUGUCCCAAGUUAGGCUGUAAAGUGUGCUCUGAUAUUCACAGGCCUCUGUGGUGUAGCUGUAUCACAUUUCUGAAGACACUGACCAUUGAAAUCAGACCUGGGCAAAAUACCAUAAGCGUCUAUCAAUUGUCUCUGUAAAUUUAAUAAGGAAUCUUGAGUUACCGGUCCACUUCACAUCAGUUAUUCACACAA